AUGGAAUCUCCCGACAGAGACACAACGCGCAUGCGCAGUGUUAAUAACCCGGAAAUGGAUUCCGAUUCUUCAGCAUCAGAAAAUGAUUAUGACUCGAAUUCGUGGAAAAACUGCAUUAAAUUGAUAAAAAAUGCAUUCCCGGAACACUUUACAACGAGCCCCGAUACCAACACGAACAAACAAACAGCAAAUAUUCCAUUAGGAUUACAAUCUUUGGGCAGGAAGGCAUCGUCUUCUGAGAAUUCGAAUGGAUUACCGAUCGGACCUUCUGUUCAACAAAAUUUCACAGCGAUGAACCAAGAAAUAUACAACAAGAGGAACACCAACGACGGUAAUUUCCUUCUCAGGCCUAAGCGGUCUUUCACUUCUUUGAAAGAUGAUGAACAUUUUUAUAAAAAAUGCAUCUUAAACAACACAAUCAAAGAAUUGGUUCCACCUACAAUGAAACUCUCUGAAUUGAGUAAUUCAACAAAUUAUAAGCUGCCAGCAAAACAUCACAAGCUGUUAGAGGAAUCAGCUAAAGCCCCCCUCAGAUAUUUAUCACACACAGAAUGGCUGCUAGGGGCAACAGGUAAAAUUGUAGCAGAAAAAUUCCCUGACAAUGAGGAUUUGAUUAAUUUGUUGUCUACAGCUUCUACAAUGGUCAACAAAGCAACCAGAGAUACUGUUUCAAACAUUACCAAUGUGAUUCUAACACAGAGGGAUCGUAUCAGUUCCAAAUUCAGAAGAUCUGAUGCGGAAUCACUAAGGAAUCUCCCAAUUGAUACGACCUACUUAUACCCAGAGCCUCAAUUAAAAACAAUUUGUGAAGGCUCUGAUAGAUCCAAAACUUCUAAAGCUCUACAGGAUCUGGCUUCAAACUGGAAAAAGCCCAAAAACGACAACAACAACUAUUCAGCUAAAAACAGCUAUAACAGAAAUAAUAACAGAGGCAAUUAUCACAACAACAACAACAGAGGAAAUUACAACAAUAACAGAGGAAACCACAACAAUAGAGGCAAUUACAACAAUGACAGAGCCUCUACAUCAACUAAAGACAAUAACAACAAACAAAAGAAGCGAAAAUGA